UUUUAUUUUAAAUUAAAGCAAGAGAGAGAAAAAAGAAAAAAAAGAAGAAAGCAAAGACGAUGGUGGAUGAUUAAAAUACAUAGAAAUCGUACAAGACAAUUUAUAGAAAAAAAAUUAAUGAGCUUCUUUAUGAACCAUCAGGGGAGUUUCAUAACUUCUGCCGCAUGAGUAUCACAGAUUUUGAGUAUUUGCUAGACAAAAUUUCUCCUCUGAUUUCGAAACAAGAUACGGACUUCAGAGAAGCUAUACCAGCGAAAUAUCGUCUAGCAAUAACACUAAGGUUUAUCGCAAGUGGUAACAGUUAUAAAAGUUUACACUAUUUAUUCAAAUUGUCUCCCCAAGCAAUAUCAAAAAUUAUACCUAAAGUCUGCAAAGCAAUUAAUGAUGUUCUAAGAAAUGAAAUAAAGAUGCCAUCAACGGCUGAUGCUUGGAUGAAUAUAGAAAGAGGGUUUAGAAGAAAAUUUCCACACUGUCUUGGUUCCAUAGACGGCAAGCAUAUUAAUAUAGAAAGUCCACCUCAUAGCGGAACUGAAUAUUUAAAUUAUAAGAAAACGUUCAGCAUCGUUCUAUUGGCAUUAGUUGAUGCCCACUACAAAUUUAUAUUUGUUGACAUAGGAUGCCAAGGGUGGAUUAGCGAUGAGACAAACAAGACUUGCACAUGA